AUGUGGUAUUGGGAUGAGGAUAAUCCGAGACAUAUAGAUGUGGGAACAAAAUUUGAUAGCAAAUUGCAGUUGAAAACUGCUGUCACAUUAUGGCAUGUGGGAACAGGUCGGAUGUAUGAGGUUAUGGAUAGUAAAUCAAGAAGAUGGCAUGCAGUUUGUAGGGACCCAUUUGGUCCGAAAAGAAAAGGCAGGGACCUUGGGCAAAGCUACCCAUGUAAUUGGGAGGUUAAAGCAACGUUUAAGAAACGUGAUGGUAGCUGGUCUAUCAACUCAUGUGUUGAUCGUCAUUGUUGCAUGGGAGAUCACGAUCUAAGUGAACAUGUUAAUCUUACAUCAUCCACGAUUGCUCCCUGUAUUCAAAGUCAAAUUGAAAACGAUGAUGAAUUCAAGCCUUCUGCAGUACGUACAUAUAUCAAAGAUAAAUUUCACGUGAAAAUCAGCUACAAGAAAGCAUGGUAUGCACGUAGAAAAGCUAUUGAGCUUGUAUAUGGUGGGUGGGAGGGAUCAUUUAGACAACUCCCCAGCUACCUGACUGAGUUGCAAAGUCAAAAUCCGGGGACAAUCGUUGAGUGGUUGCAUGACCCUGUAUUGAGUCAAGGUAAUACAAAGGUGUUCCGCUACGUAUUUUGGGCAUUUGGGCCAGCAAUAGAGGCGUUCCAACUAGCAAAGCCGGUCUUAUCAGUUGAUGGGACUCACCUGCGUGGAAGAUUGAAAGGUAAAUUACUUGCUGCAGUAGGUUACGAUGCAAAUAAGAACUGUUUGCCUGUUGCUUUUGCUAUUGUUGAUGAAGAAACAAACGAGAGUUGGAGUUGGUUUUUGAAUCUUGUGAGAGUGCAUAUUAUAAAGCAUGACCAGGAAGUGUACAUAAUAUCAGACAAACAUCAAGGCAUUAUAAAUGCCAUGAAGUCUGAUGUGUGGAAAAAGGUACCAGUUGGUUAUCAUCGAUACUGUUUAAUUCACGUUAGAUUGAAUGUGUUACAAAGACACAAAGGCCCCGGAGUGAAGAAAUGGGUAUGGAUAAUGGGUGAAGUAAUUGAGGAGCGGAGAUAUUGGACUGCAAGGCGUGAAUUAGAAAAGGUGAGUCCAGAAGCUCUGAGGUACCUAGAAACCACCAUAGAUAGAUCGCAGUGGACUAUGGCACACGAUGAAUUUCGUCGAUGGGGUCAGACAUCUACUAACAUGGCCGAGUGUUAUAACAAUGUGUUGUCAUCUGCGAGGGAACUCCCAAUUAGAGCUAUCAUUGAUAUUACAUUCUGGCGGACCAUCAACUAG